AUGAGUAAUGGUACUCAAAAUGGUACUGCUGAAGCUCCUACCAAGGGCCAAAAAGGUACCAUUGAGAAGAUAUAUCAAAAGAAAUCCCAGCUUGAGCAUAUCCUCUUGCGUCCAGACACAUAUAUUGGGUCCGUUGAACGGGCAACAGAGACUAUGUGGGUGUAUGACAAAUCUAAGGAGUGCAUGGUGCAGCGGGAACUCACUUAUGUACCAGGUUUAUAUAAAAUAUAUGACGAAAUUUUAGUAAAUGCAGCUGAUAAUAAGCAAAGAGAUCCUAAAAUGGAUGUAAUAAGAAUUGAAAUAAAUCAAGAACAAAAUACUAUAUCAGUAUAUAAUAAUGGAUGUGGAAUACCAGUUGUAAUGCACAAGGAAGAAAAAAUGUAUGUGCCAACUAUGAUUUUUGGACAUUUAUUGACAUCGUCAAAUUAUAAUGACGAAGAGGAGAAAGUUACCGGUGGAAGGAAUGGUUACGGUGCAAAAUUGUGUAAUAUUUUCUCGACAAAAUUUACUGUAGAAACUGCAUCUAAACAGUAUAAGAAACAUUUUAAGCAGACUUGGGGUGCAAACAUGACGAAGGCAUCAGAGCCUAAAGUGAAAGAAUCUGGGAAAGAUGAUGACUUUACAAAAGUGACUUUUAGCCCUGAUUUGGCUAAAUUUAAAAUGGAUAAAUUAGAAGAUGAUAUAGUAGCGCUAAUGUCGCGCAGGGCGUAUGACGUAGCCGCAUCUUCAAAUGGUGUAAAAGUUUAUUUGAAUGGAGAAAGACUAAAAAUAAACAAAUUCAAAGAUUACAUAGAUUUGUAUAUUAAAGGUAAAGAGGAUGAGAAUGGUCAGCCUUUGAAGGUUGUAUAUGAAAAAGUCAAUGAUCGUUGGGAGGUAGCUCUUACACUCUCCGAUCGGGGUUUCCAACAAGUAUCAUUUGUUAACUCUAUUGCUACCACUAAAGGGGGCAAACAUGUUGACACUGUAGCGGAUAGUGUCGUUAAGAACGUUCUUGAAGUUUUAAAGAAGAAAAACAAGGGUGGUGUAAACAUAAAACCUUUUCAAGUCAAAAAUCACAUGUGGAUUUUCAUUAACUGUCUCAUUGUAAACCCAACCUUUGAUUCGCAAACUAAAGAAAAUAUGACUCUCCAAGCAAAGAGUUUUGGUUCUAAGUGUAAUUUCUCUGAGAAAUUUGUAAAUGCAGUAUCAAAAUCGGGUUUAGUCGAAUCAGUAUUAACUUGGGCUAAAUUUAAGGCUCAAACUGAACUCGUAAAGGCGUCUGGUAAGAAACAGAGUAAAUUAAAGGGUAUACCGAAGUUAGAAGACGCUAACGAUGCUGGAACCAAAAAUGCACAUCUUUGUACUUUGAUUCUCACUGAGGGAGACUCGGCAAAGACAUUGGCUGUGUCAGGACUCAGUGUAGUAGGCAGAGAUCACUAUGGUGUAUUUCCAUUGAAGGGUAAACCUCUCAAUGUAAGGGACGCUUCCCAUAAACAAGUCUUGGAAAAUGUUGAAAUCAACAACUUAAUCAAAAUUAUUGGAUUACAAUACAAAAAGAAAUACAACUCUGUUGACGACCUCAAAUCGUUACGAUACGGCAAAGUUAUGAUAAUGGCUGAUCAGGAUCAAGAUGGCUCCCACAUAAAGGGACUUAUAAUUAAUUUCAUACAUCACAAUUGGCCAGAACUGCUAAAAUUGCCAUUUUUAGAAGAAUUUAUUACACCUAUCGUUAAAGCAACGAAAAAAGAUAAAGAAAUAUCGUUUUAUUCGUUACCAGAGUUUGAAGAGUGGAAGCGUGAAACAGAGAAUAACCACACCUACAAUAUAAAGUACUACAAAGGUUUGGGUACCUCCACUUCAAAGGAGGCUAAAGAAUAUUUUCAGAACAUGGACAGGCACAGAAUCCGUUUCCGUUACAGCGGUGCAACGGAUGAUCAUCAUAUAGAACUGGCUUUCUCAAAGAAAGGUGCAGAUCAACGGAAGGAGUGGUUAACAAAUCACAUGGACGAAGUUAAACGGAGAAAGGAGAUUGGUCUACCUGAAAGAUAUUUGUACACAAAAGAUACUAAAGCAGUUUCCUAUUCGGAUUUUGUUAAUCUGGAGCUGGUUCUCUUCUCCAAUGGUGACAAUGUUAGAUCAAUACCUUCAAUGAUAGAUGGCUUGAAACCCGGUCAGCGUAAAGUAAUCUUUACCUGCAUAAAGCGUAAUGAUAAAAGAGAAGUCAAAGUGGCGCAGCUGGCUGGUUCAGUUGCUGAACAUUCUGCAUAUCAUCACGGUGAACAGUCCCUAGCGAUGACUAUAGUCAAUCUCGCACAGAACUAUGUGGGUUCAAACAACAUCAAUCUAUUGGAACCCCGCGGUCAAUUUGGUACCAGACUGUGCGGUGGUAAAGACGCGGCCAGUCCCCGUUAUAUAUUCACCCUCAUGUCACCCCUAACUAGGCUGGUGUUUCAUCCCCAUGAUGAUCCAUUGCUUGUGCACGAAUUUGAAGACAACCAGAAGAUUGAACCUGUCCACUACAUCCCAAUCUUGCCCAUGGUGCUAGUGAAUGGAGCAGAGGGCAUCGGCACCGGCUGGUCCACUAAGAUACCUAAUUACAAUCCUAGGGAUAUUGUUGCUAAUAUACGGCGCAUGCUGGAUGGUGAGGAACCAGUACCUAUGCACCCCUGGUACAAGAACUUCCGCGGCACCAUCGAGGGCUUCAGCGAUAAAUACGUCAUUUCCGGAGAGGCCGCCAUCUUGCCCAACGAGAAGAUCGAGAUCACGGAACUUCCGGUCGGCACCUGGACGCAGAACUACAAGGAGAAUGUUCUGGAGCCCAUGCUAGGAACCGACAAAGUCAAGCCGUUGAUAUCGGAAUAUAGAGAAUAUAACACGGAUACUACAGUAAGAUUCGUAGUGUCUCUGUUGCCGGGCAAAUUGGCUGAAGUUGAAGCGGAGGGCAUCCACAAAGUGUUCAAACUUCAGACAACCAUUUCUAUGACGUGUAUGAACGCGUUUGACCACAAUAACUGCUUGAAGAAGUUCGACAAAGUAGAAGAAAUUCUUCGUGACUUCUACGAUGUGAGGCUUAAAUAUUACUCUAAACGUAAGGAGUUCCUCGAGGGACAGUUGCAAGCCGAAGCAGACAAACUGACAAACCAAGCGAGGUUUAUUGUGGAGAAAUGCGACAAGGGGCUUGUGGUUGAGAACAAGAAGAGAAAGGCAUUGGUCGAUGAACUCAUCAAGAGAGGCUAUGCCCCUGACCCCAUUGCGGACUGGAAAAAGCGAGCCACUAAGAUGCAAGGGCUCACUGCCCUCGAAGAGGAAGAAGAACCAGUAGAGUCUGAAGAUGAACCAGAACCGGAAGAGACUAAGGGGAAACCUGCUGAUCCCGAAAAAGCCUUCCAAAAUCUAAAAGAAGUGAAGAAGUUCAACUACCUCUUGGGCAUGUCCAUGUGGAUGCUCACGAAGGAGAAGAAAGAUGAACUGCUCAAGCAGAGAGAUCAGAAGUUGUCCGAGCUGACCAUAUUAAAGGCGAAAACACCAUCAAUGCUAUGGCGUGAAGAUUUAGACACGUUCUUGAUCCGCCUCGAGGAUCUGGAAGAGAAGGAGAGACAAGAAGAGUCCAGCAGUAACAAGAAAACUUCCAAAGCUGUGAUGGAAAGGAUGAAGGGCAAGAACCAAAAGAACCGCAAGUCCAUAUUGGAUAUAGGCCCCUCGGACAAUGGUCGGAGAGUGGAACCCAAGAUUUCAGAAGAACUCAUCAAGAGGAUACAGGCGGCUGAGAAGGCUAAGAUCAAGAAAGAAGUUAAGAAAGAAUAUGACCCUGAUGAUCCAACUGGUGUCAGUCCGGCCAGUGGUGAAAAGAAACAGCCAAAAGCGCGCGUAAAGAAAGAGAAACCGGAAAAGCCGGAGAAAGCCGAUAAGGCGGAGAAAUCGGAUGGUUUGAAACAAACCAAGCUCUCUUUCAAGAAAGAACCUAAGAAGACACAAAAGAAGAUGACAUUCAGCGGCAGCAGUUCGGGGGAGAUGUCGGGCUCCGAUGUGGAAAUGGUAGAGCCGCCCGCGCCCCGCGAGAGACAGACCACAAGACGGGCUGCUACUAAGGUGCAAAAAUACAAGGAUGGUUCGGAGGAUUCGGACUCUGGCUCGGAAGUGGAGUUGCACGAUAACAAGCUGGGAUCAGACAGUGAAGCUCCUCGGGCCAUGUCCCUCAGUGACGAUGAUGACUUCAAUGUGAAGAAGCAUGGUGAUAAGAAACCGGCUGAGAUGGACUCGGAUUGCCUCUUCGAUUCCCUUAUUGAAGAUACAAAGAAAGAAGAAUCGCAUAAGAAGGAUGAUGUAGACACGGCGGUACUAAGCAGUGACGAAGAAGAGCCGCCGCCGAAAUCUCCGCCCAAAAAGAAACCGGCUCCGAAGAGGAAAUUGAUGAAUGUUGACAAGGAGAAGGAAAAAGAGAAGGAAAAGGAAAAACCUAAGAAAAGACCCGCUAAAGUACUCUUAAGUCAGGAUAGUGAUGAUGACAGUAUAUUUGACAGUAAAAAGGAGAAAAAGAAGACGAAUCCUAAGAAGAAAGUGAAGAAGAUGUCCAGUGACAGCGAGUGUGAGGAGAUCCCGAGCAGUCCGGUGGCACCACGUCCCAAUGCACGUUCUCGUCCGCAGAAGAAGUAUCACUUCAGUGAUGGCUCUGACUCUGAU